AUGGGCACGGUUCGAAAACUCAUAGUGAAAGUUGUAGACGCACAAAACCUUGCACCAAAGGACGGUCACGGAACUUCAAGUCCUUACAUCGUAAUCGACUUCUAUGGUCAAAGAAAAAAAACCCGAACCGCGGUUCGCGACUUGAACCCGGUUUGGAACGAAACGCUGUCGUUUAACGUCGGCGAACAUAACGAAAUUUUCGGCGACGUGUUAGAACUCGACGUUUACCAUGAUCAGAAACACGGGCCGAUUCGGAGAGAAAACUCACUCGGUCGAGUUCGACUCAGUUCAACUCAGUUCGUUAGAAAAGGUGAAGAGGCUUUGAUUUAUUAUGAAUUGAAGAAGAAAAGUUUGUUCAAUACCGCACAAGGAAAAAUUGGAUUGGAAAUUUACUAUGUAGAUGAAGAAAUUUCUCCGGAACCGGUACCGGAAAAACCAGCGUCACCACCGCCUGAGAAGAUAGAUGAAGCAAAGAUUAAUAAUACUGAAAAAGUAGAGCCACCACCGGCACCGCCUUCUGAACCAUCGCCAGAAAGUGAAAAGCUAGAAGAAGAUCAACCGGUGGUAGAGAAAACCGAACCAUCUCCGAAACCCGAACCAAAGUCCGAACCAGAAUCUGCUACAGAAGUUGAAGAUCAGGUGGAUGUGUUACCACCGGAACCAUUUCAAAUGACAGCGGCAACUAUUUCGAGAUCAAAUUCAGAAAUCAAAUUCAGCGGAAUCAACGGUCCACAACCAAUUAGAAGAUCAUCAUCAGCGGCUAGUUUUGCAUCAGAAGCUUCAGUAGAAAGCAUGUUGAUCGAACGGUCCACAUUCGAUCUCGUUGAAAAGAUGCACUAUCUCUUCGUUCGUAUAGUAAAAGCAAGGUACUUACCAACAAACGGUAACCCGAUAGUGAAGAUUUCAAUUUCGGGUUCAGGUCAAAUCGUUAAUUCCAAACCCGCUCUCAAAACAACAUUAUUCGAAUGGAACCAAACAUUCGCUUUCACCCGCGACACACAGGAUUCUUCCCCAAUAUUAGAAAUCACCGUGUGGGACCCGCAAACAAAAGCUGACGUGGAGAAUAUUAGUUUACUUGGUGGUGUUUGUUUUGACGUAAAUGAAAUUCCGGUGAGAGACCCACCGGAUAGUUCUCUUGCACCACAGUGGUAUAGAAUGGAAGGUGGUGGGGCACAACAUGGUGACUUAAUGGUUGCCACGUGGAUUGGUACACAAGCUGACGAAUCAUUUUCUGACGCGUGGAAAAGUGACACCUCCAAUCACGUGACUUCAAAAGCAAAAGUGUAUCAAUCACCAAAGCUAUGGUAUCUUCGUGUAACUAUUCUUGAAGCUCAAGAUAUAUCACUGUUAAUUACUCCGUCAAAACAAGCGUUGUGUCAGUUUCAAAUCAGAGCCCAAAUUGGAUUUCAAGUGUUAAAGACGAAAAUGACCGUUACUUCAAACGGCGUCGUUUCGUGGAAUGAAGAUCUUGUAUUUGUUGUAGCAGAGCCGGUUUCUAUAAGUGAUUACAUUGUUUUAAGUUUGGAAAACCGGCAACUGAAAGCUACGAUAACAAUGGGUGUUGUGAGAGUACCUUUAGCGACAAUUGAGAGAAGAGUUGAUGACCGGAACGUCGGGUCACGCUGGUUUACUUUUGAAGAUUUAAAUGAAGAAAACAAAAACAGUUACAAAGGAAGAGUGCACUUACGGUUAUGUUUUGAUGGAGGGUAUCACGUGAUGGAUGAAGCUGCUCACGUGAGUAGUGAUUACCGGCCAACGGCAAGGCAACUUUGGAAACCAGCGGUUGGGACUAUUGAAGUUGGGAUCAUUGGUUGUAAGAAUUUGAUACCGAUGAAAACGAUAAACGGUAAAAGUUUUACAGAUGGUUAUUGUGUUGCGAAGUAUGGGAACAAAUGGGUGCGAACGAGGACGGUUUCGGAUAGUUUGGAGCCGAAAUGGAAUGAGCAGUACACGUGGAAGGUUUUUGAUCCCUCGACUGUUUUAACGGUUGGAAUCUUUGAUAGUUGUUCGGUUUUCGAAUUGAGUGAUUCGAACACCGAAAAUACUAAUGACUUGACGAGACAUGAUUUUCGUAUUGGUAAAGUUCGGAUACGUAUUUCUACGCUUCAAAAUGGUCGUGUGUAUAAAAAUGUGUAUCCGCUUUUGGUUUUGACGCAUGGUGGUUUAAAAAAGAUGGGUGGGAUUGAGUUAGCGAUAAGAUUUGUUCGCACGGUUCAACGGUUAGAUUUUCUCCACGUGUACUCUCAGUCGAUGUUACCGUUCAUGCAUCAUAUAAAACCAUUGGGUGUGGUUCAUCAAGAGGUGUUGCGAAACACAGCGGUGAAAAUGGUUGCAGGACAUCUUUCGAGGUGUGAGCCACCAUUGAGAAAAGAAGUUGUGUUCUAUAUGCUUGAUGUUGAUUCACAUAAUUUUAGUAUUAGGAAGGUUCGUGCAAAUUGGUAUAGGAUAAUUAAUGUGGUUGCAGGUUUGAUUGAGAUCGUAAGGUGGAUAGAGGAUACUCGUGGAUGGAAGAAUCCAACAGCUACAAUUCUUGUUCACGCUUUACUUGUUAUGUUGGUUUGGUUUCCUGAUUUGAUCGUUCCUACACUUGCAUUUUAUGUCUUUGUUAUUGGCGCCUGGAAUUAUAGAUUUCGUGCACGGGAUCCUCUUCCACAUUUUGAUUCGAAGAUUUCACUUGCUGAUGUGGUGGAUAUGGAGGAGUUGGAUGAAGAGUUUGAUACAAUGCCAAGUAGUAGGUCAGGUGAAACAGUGCGUAUGAGGUAUGAUAAGUUGCGUACGCUUGGGGCACGUGUGCAGACAGUGUUGGGAGAUUUGGCGACUCAGGGGGAACGCGUGCAAGCGGUGGUCACUUGGCGUGAUCCAUGUGCUACUGGAAUUUUUAUUUUCUUAUGUUUGGUUGUGGCGACGAUAUUGUAUUUGGUGCCUUCGAAGAUGGUGGCUAUGGCUUUUGGAUUCUAUUAUCUUCGCCACCCUAUCUUUCGUGAUCGCUUGCCAUCACCAGGGUUGAAUUUCUUUAGAAGACUCCCUUCAUUAUCGGAUCGAAUUAUGUAA